AAGAAACUUUAGAAAAGACUUCAAAUUCAAAAUUCCCUUUCUCUCUCUCUCUCUCUCUCUGUAUAUCUGAAAUUCCCAAUCCAAAAACCCUAACCUAACCGAUAACGAUGGGGAACACGGAGAAGCUGAUGAACCAGAUCAUGGAAUUGAAAUUCACGUCGAAAUCGCUGCAGCGGCAAGCUCGGAAAUGCGAGAAGGAAGAGAAAUCAGAGAAGCUGAAGGUGAAGAAAGCGAUCGAGAAAGGAAACAUGGACGGCGCGCGGAUCUACGCGGAGAACGCGAUCCGCAAGCGUACGGAGCAGAUGAACUACCUACGUCUGGCCUCGCGGCUAGACGCAGUGGUGGCGCGUCUCGACACCCAAGCGAAGAUGACGACGAUCAACAAAUCGAUGGGGAACAUCGUGAAAUCGCUGGAAUCUUCUCUUGCCACAGGGAACCUACAGAAGAUGUCGGAGACAAUGGACCAGUUCGAGAAGCAGUUCGUGAACAUGGAGGUCCAAGCUGAGUUCAUGGAGAGCGCCAUGGCCGGAUCCACCUCGCUCUCCACUCCCGAGGGAGAGGUCAAUAGUCUCAUGCAACAGGUCGCCGACGAUUACGGCCUCGAAGUCUCCGUCGGUCUGCCCCAACCUGCUGCCCAUGCCGUUCCGGUCAAAGACGCCGACAAAGUCGACGAAGAUGAUUUGUCAAGGCGCCUUGCUGAGCUCAAGGCUAGAGGUUAAUAUGAUCAUCGUUAUGGUUGUUAUCGUUCUUUCUCGACGCUGAUGCAGUGUUAUACUACUAUUAUAUAUGUUUCUGUAUAUGAAAACUUAAUUUGGUUGCCCUUAACAGUACGUGAUAUUGUUAUGUGCACUUCGCUUUGAGGGGUUUCUGUGCCCUUCCUUUUAUGCUUGUGUGAAUAUUUAAUAGAUUAAUUGAAUGCUUCUGUUUGUCUUUGGC